GCAACAAAGCCCAAACCACGAUCUUAUAAGCUGGCGGAGCAGAGGAAACAGGGAGAUUCGCCAAGAAAAAGAAGAAGCGAGAGGAGGAAAAAGCGAAACCCUAAACCCCCGUAUUCCCAAACCUUCGAUCCGAUCCGAUCCGACCCGACCGGCGGCGAUGGCGUCUGCGCCGGUGGAGAAGCUCAAGAGCUUGUGGAACUCGCAGGUCAUGGACGAGGAGCAGUGGGCGGUCAACUAUAGAGUGCUAAAGGCUGCGGGGAUAUUUGCUGGAUCCAUCUUUUUGAUGCGCGCCUUUGGUGACAUGAUGGUAGUUUAAGGACGUGGUAGUGGCUGAGCAGGGUAAUGGUGGUUCCAUGCCCAUUUUCGUUGUGUGCCUUAUGAUCAGGCUUGUGGAUUAUUUGUACUCAGACUUGUGGGUUUCUUGUUAAGUUGGUGUUUGAAGCAUUUCUCGGCAGGGCUAUGAGACGUUCUUUUUGAGUUGAGCACUUGUGUUCUAUGAGUAAUAAGUUCAUGUCCAGUUUGCUGUUAGGUCGCCACAAAUCUACGGUUGUGUUGAAUUAACAGUCUAAUUUCUAUUGUUUAGAUGAAAUGCUUUGAUUCCGUUA